AUGAAUCCAUCGUUGCCCGGGACGAUCUGGAUACCUGCCGGGAUAGCAGCCAAGAGAGCUGCUGACGCACUCGCGGCUGCUUGUGCUGGAGGUGGUGGUGGUGGAGGUGGUGGUGGAGGUGGAGGUGGUGGUGAUGGAGGUGGUGGUGGAGGUGGUGGUGGUGGUGGUGGUGGUGGUGGUGGUGGUGGUGCUGGUGGUGGUGGUCUAGGACCUCCACCGCCUCCGGGCGGACCUCCUCCUCCUCCGGGCGGCGGUGGUGGUGGAGGGCCAGCUGGAGGCGGUGGUGGUGGUGGUGGUGGGCCAGCUGGAGGCGGUGGUGAUGGUGGUGGUGGGCCAGCUGGAGGCGGUGGUGAUGGUGGUGGUGGUGAUGGUGGUGAUGGUGGUGGGCAUCAUUAG